AUGCCUCAUUAUGCCCCAUUAUGCCUCAUUAUGCCCCAUUAUGCCCCAUUAUGCCUCAUUAUGCCCAUUAUGCCCCAUUAUGCCCAUUAUGCCUCAUUAUGCCCAUUAUGCCCGAUUAUGCCCCAUUAUGCCCCAUUAUGCCUCAUUAUGCCCGAUUAUGCCCCAUUAUGUCCCAUUAUGCCCCAUUAUGCCUCAUUAUGCCCAUUAUGCCUCAUUAUGCCCAUUAUGCCCGANCCAUUCGAUUUCAAUCCAUUUUGUUAA